CGCCGCUGACAGCUCCUCCUCACACUCUCUCACUCUCUCUUGUUGCUCUUUCCACAUUUUUGCUCUCUGACAUUUUCACCGGAUCCCUCACGCACUCCAGGUCACAAGCACUGGGACCAAGCAGUAUAUCCGCAUCCGUCUCCUGGUCACAGAAGAGAUCUGAGAGAUUGCUGUUCACAUUUGAACCAAGAUGUCGCUGAAAGUCCAGACGAGCAACAUUACCAACAAAAAUGACCCCAAAUCGAUCAACUCGCGCGUGUUUAUCGGCAACCUGAACACAGCGGUGGUGAAAAAGAGCGACGUCGAGACCAUCUUCUCCAAAUACGGCCGAGUGCUGGGCUGCUCGGUUCACAAAGGCUACGCCUUCGUUCAGUACGCCAACGAGAGACACGCUCGCGGAGCCGUCAUCGGAGAAAACGGACGCGUGCUUGCUGGACAGACCCUCGAUAUUAACAUGGCAGGUGAACCCAAACCCAACAGGCCUAAAGGACUAAAGAGAACCGCAGCAACAUUAUACAGUGGUUAUGAUUUUGACUAUGAUUACUACAGAGAUGACUUCUAUGACAGACUGUUUGAGUACCGAGGCAGAGUAUCGCCGGUGCCAAGAGCGGUUCCAGUAAAGCGCCCCCGUGUGGCAGUGCCGGUCGUCCGCAGGGUGAAGUCAUUACCUGUCAAACUCCUGACCAGAUCCACUAUACUUCCCAACAGCUCUGUCAAACACAAGUUGAAAUCAACCGAGCUGCAAGCCAUCAAGUCAGAACUGACGCAGAUCAAGUCCAACAUCGACGCACUGCUGGGACGUCUUGACCAGAUCACAGAGGACAAAUACUGUGCCACAGAGUUUCAGAAAGCAGAUGAAAUGAAGAGCGAACUGUCUCAGGACGACUCGGGCUCGGAGUCAGAGGAACUGCAGCACAGUGAUGUGGAGGAGGGCGAGGAGCACACACACGAGGAGUGUGACGAAGACAUGGAAAACAAUCACAUAUCUGAAAUGGAUUCCAUUCUUCAAUAAAAGCAGGGAGUUGGAAGACACUGUCAACUGGAAACUUUUUUAAUACCACAGACUCAGCGGGAAGACACUGAAACCAAUAGGCGCCGUCAAACUCCAGCAUCAGCUGUCAACGAGACGGACAGCUAAACUAGCUGUUUGGUAGGAGGAGGGGACGUCCCCUAAACCAGGAAUCCAUUACAAAAAGGCCACAGUUCCAGAGAGCAACAACAUCACACACGCGACAACAGAAGGGGAUCAAUUUCACAGACGUUCUGCAUUCAUGCUCCCCGCAAAACACUAUUAACAUGCAUUUUUUUUCUACACAUUUGGGCGCCUCAUAUGUAAAUAGCCUCAUCCUAUUUCCGUCCUUCCUUCUUUCAUGUCUGUUCGUGCUUUUUGGGAAAUGUUUUUCAUUUUAUUUAUAUGCCAGUCGGGAUCAGAAAGGUUGGCUAUUUUUAAUUACACGUGCAUAUUUCUUCUGCUUGCACUUUCGAGACUGCAAGAGAUAUUUACAGAUGUAAAUAAACUAUGAUGACUUGUGAAACGUCUUUCUUCAUGCGUUUAAAUGUUGCCCGCUUGGAAUGCUAAUACAUUGGCUAAUCUUUGUCGAAUAUACUCUUUUCCUUUAAGACAAGAGAUUUAUUCAGACUAGAUUUGCCACUUCUUGAAAUACAGGCACAACUCGCUUUGAGGUCUGGAUGGGAGAGAACGUUCAGUCUGUAGUAGAAAGACUGAAAAAAAGAAGCCACAAACGACAAUCACUGAAGUCCAAAACAUUUAAAAGAACACCACAAUUGCCUCAUUAGAAAGAGCAGAUCCAGUGGAUGCUGUUGAUACAAUUAGUAGUAAAACUGAGUCUGUUUUCUAAAUGCAUGUUUUCUUCUUUUCAUUUGUUUCUUUUUCUAAAAUUGAAUUCAUAAUGUUUAAUAAGACUGUCAUAAUUAGACAUU